ACCUUCAUCGUCAUCACCAUCCUCAUCAACAACCACAAAAUCUUCGAUCAUUAUCAUUGGAAUCAUCAUCAUUACCGGCUCCGCCCGCUGCCACCGUCGACGUUUCCUCAUCAACAAAUCCAUCAUCAUCAUCAUCAAUAACAUUAAUUAACACUGCUACGAUCACUGCCGCUGCUGUUGUCCCAUCUUCUUCAUUAUCAUCAUCGAUUGCUACAAAUCAACAACAACAACAACAACCAGCACCCGAAGAUUAUUUUGAAUCACUUCCACCACCCCCACCAUUAUUUUCAUCAUCAUCAUCGACUGAAGAAAUUAUUGUUAUAUUGGACGAAAGUGAACGACAAAUUGAUCAACAGAUAUCCGAUACCGGUAAUAAUAAUCAACAACAAAACGGAAAAGGGCCAAGUGGAACAACAACAGUAUUGACAACAUUUCAAGGUAUUUCAAGUUCAUCGUCAUCCACAUCAUCAUCUUGUAGUAGUAGCCGUAAUAGUGUAUUGGUUAACGGAAGUAACAGUGCUCUAAGUUCCGUUUCAACACAACAGAUUCGGCUUUCAAGCCGAUCUACAUUAUCAUUGGCAAGUAAUCCAGCCAGUAUUGCUAGCAAUCAAAGCAGCAGUAGCAGUGGUAGUAGUAAAAGCACAAAUAGUAAUCAUACCGCUAACGAAUGCGGUUGUGGUGGAUCAUCAUUAGCAUAUCAUCGGGCUACUACCACCAGCACCAGGGAUCAUCAUCACCAUCAUCGAUCACAUCGAUCAUCAUUGACGAAUAUUGGUGAAGAUCAAUGUUUUAGUAGUACAAGUAAUCUAUUAUCAUCACAAGCAACAGCAACAACAGCGAAAAACAAACAAAGAAAAAGCAAACAUUCAACAACAACAACAACAACAACCGGUUCCGGUAUACAACAACGGAAACAAUCAACAUUAUUGAUUGACGAAAGUCAACAACAUCGCCAACAACAACAAGCGAGCUUUCCAUCAUCGAUACGUUUAGCUAUACGACACUUUUUAUCGAAAUUUGGACAAACAUCAUCAUCAUCAACUCAUCAUUGUGAUCAUCAUUUUCAUUAUCAACAUCAACUUCCACCGAGAAUUUAUUUGGAAAAUUCAUCAACGAAUCAAUUUGAAUCAAUUUCAGCGACACCAUCACCAUUACCACCCCCAUCAUUGUCAUCAUCUUUAUAUUCACACAAUACAACUGUUCGUACAGCAACAGCCGUAAAUCAUCCAUUGAUACAACCUCAACAGCAUCCGCAUUCAACAACAAUUCGAUUUCAUCCCCAAUCAUUGAUACAUAAUCGAAGAUCACAUCAUUAUCAUCAUUAUCGACGUUAUCAUCAUCGUUUACAUUCUUAUUAUCAUCCAGAAUAUCAACAAAAUUCCAUUUCAUUUUCAACAUCAUCGACAGCGGCAGCAGCUACUGCUACAGUUGCCUCAUCUCUAAAUACCAACAAUAAUCAUUUAACAAAUACUAAUACUAAUACUAAUAAUAAUACUAAUCAACAUUCAUCAACAUCAUUACUAUUACCGGUCCUGGAUUUACACAGGGGCGUCUCGGCCGUAGCGAGCUCAAGACACGAGCCAAAUACGAUGUCUUUCCUUUUCCGCUUAGUGCAAUUUCACGAUUUAAUAGGCGGAAUACAUGUUCCGGUCGAUGAUGGUGUCGAUAAAUUGAACCGGAAAUACACGUUACUCGUCUUCCUAUUUUUAGCAUUACCAAUAUUCACUAAACAAUAUAUUGGUGAUCCAAUUGAAUGUUUUACACCAACAUAUUUUACUGAACCACAAGCACGUUAUGUUAAUUCAUAUUGUUGGACAGCAUCAACAUAUUAUUUGGUUGCAGCUGAAGCUGAAGAAGAUGAUUAUGAAAGUUUUACUGGACAGGAUCCACCCGAUCCAAGAGUAUUACCAGAGGAGCUUGAUUAUGGUGGUUUCGACGUAGCAUCAACUGGUCCAGAACGAUUGAAACGUGUUCGCGUCGGUUAUUAUCAAUGGGCGCCAUUAAUAUUAUUAGUACAAGGAUGUUGUUUUUAUGUACCAUUUUUAGUAUGGAAUAGUUGUGCACAUAAUGCCGGUGUAAAGCUACGACGUUUAUUGAAGAAAGCCUCUGAUAUAGCAUCACUGCCACCUGGUUGUCAGCAACGCGAAGCAUUAUUAGCUGAAUUUGUUGAUCAAUUCCAUACAUUGGUUACAGGUGAAGCUGGUUGGUGUACAGAUCCAAGUUGUCGAUUGCCUCUAUCGUGCCGAUGUUGUAUUGGCGGUCCAAGCCGUUAUCUGUGCCUACUAUACCUAUUGGUCAAGAGCCUUUAUGUGCUCAAUGUUGCCCUACAAUUUAUAUUACUCGGUUCAUUUAUGGGCCGUGGAUUUCUUCGACAUGGACUUGAACUGAUGCGACGGUUCAUUGUUGAAGGUGAUUGGUGGGCAUCACCAAGAUUUCCAUUGCAGACCUUGUGCCAAGUAAGGGCCGCUAUACAAGGCGGUUUACGUACAUAUACAUGCCAAUGUGUAUUGCCUAUCAAUGUAUUCAAUGAGAAAAUAUUCUCUGUCGUUUGGUUCUAUCUUGCAUUUUUAAUGCCUUUGAAUGUUGCCUCCUUAUUAUUCUGGCUAUGGCGUACAUUCCGUUGUAAUCGUCUUGCCUAUGUUCGACUUUGCCUAUGGCGGACAAGGCUAGUAUCGAUGGCUGAAGUUGGACGUCUUGCACGUAAAAUAUCCACCAAUUAUCUAGGAUGGGAUGGUGUAUUCGUAUUACGUAUCAUUGAACACAAUCAUGGCUCCAUUAUGGCCACAUUGAUCGUUUCAAGACUUUGGGAAUUCUAUGCUAAUCAAAUGAAAAUGCAAGAAGACGGCGGUGGAGGUACCGGUACGGCAAAUGGUUCAGAUGCUGAAGUUGGUUCCGUUGCAUCGGUUGGUGCGCCGCCAUCUACCUCAUGGCAUUCAUGUCAUGCGGCCGCUUGUCAUGCGACCAGUCAUCAUCAUUCAACAUCAGCAGCGGCAGCAGCAGCAGCUGCGGCAGCUGCUGCCGCAUAUGCACCACCAACACCAUCUGGACCACCGCAUCCACAUCAUCAACAAUUAGCAUCAACGAAUCCAAGAAAAAACAUUCCACCAAAUGGUUUCUGGAAAUGACAAUAACUCAAAAACUGGGGGCAUUCACACACACACACACACAUAUGCCCACAGUGAUUUUUUUGCUCCAUGAUUCAUGAUUUUAUUCUGGUUUUCUGA